AAGGAUAUAGUGAUAGUUGUAGGUCUUAUAUUAGAAUGAGGCCUAAAGCUUUUUUCAAACUUGCGGAUGUUAUGCGAAAUCAUGGUUUUUUAAAGGACACAAAACACCUUCAAGUUGAAGAACAACUUGCUAUGUUUCUUUGCAUAGUGGGUCAUAAAACCAAAAACAGAGUAAUAAGGACCGAAUUCAUAAGAUCGGGUGAAACGGUUAGUAGGUACUUUAAUAAGAUCCUACAAGCUAUGAACGGUCUUCGUGAUCGAUACAUGAAGCAAGCACCUAAUGAGAUUCUACCGGAGAUUGUCAACAAUCCAAACUAUUUUCCUUACUUCAAGGAUUGCAUUGGUAUGAUAGAUGGAACACAUAUUGAUGCAAUGUUACCCUCUAAUCUAGUUGCACGGUUUAGAGGGCGUAAAGGUGUAACGCAAAAUGUUUUAGCUGCAUGCACUCCAAAUAAACUUUUCACAUAUGUCCUAGCUGGGUGGGAAGGUGCGGCGAAUGACUAUAGGAUUCUGCAAGACGCGUUGUCUAGACCACAACCUUACGGAUUGAGAGUAUAUGAUGGCAAAUAUUAUCUUUGUGAUGCUGGAUACACUACCAUGCCUGGCUUCAUCUCUCCAUACCGUGGCGUUCGUUAUCACUUAAAGGAACAAAUUGGUAGGACACCCAGAAAUAGUAGGGAGUUAUUCAAUUUAAGACACUCUUCUUUACGGUCUAAAAUUGAAUCAACUUUUGGCACAUUGAAGAAUCGGUUCAAAAUUCUUUCCGCGAAGCCUAAUUACCCAUUCCCCACACAAGUGGACAUCGUCUUAGCAUGUACUAUAUUACAUAAUUUUAUUGCAAUUGAAGAUCCACAAGAUGACAUCUUGAAUGAGAAUGUACUAAUUGAUGAGGAGAAUGAUGACGUGACAAACGAAGAUGAUUCAAGCGUAGUUGACUUCACUCAAUCUAGGACACAAAGAGAGGAGCGUGAUGCAAGAAAUGAAUGGAAGGACCUUAGGGAUCAAAUUGCAUGGGCAAUGUGGGUUGAUUAUUGUGCAAAAUAUAAAGAUGGCGACACCACAGAAAUUGGCUUGUAGUUUUAUUGUUUUCGCAUAUUUCAUAAUUGUGCUUGUAUGAACAAUGUAAUUUCUCAUAUUUAAUUAUGUUUUUUUAUUUCAUAAUUGCACUUGUACGGAUAAUGUUUUUUAUUGUUUUCACAUAUUUCAUAAUUGUUCACAUAUUGCAGCUAUGUACUUCUAAAUUUAUGGCUUGUUUUUAUUAUGACACAUAGGUAUGUCUAACAAAAAGGGAGGAAAAGAAAAUUUGCCCAAUUCACCACAUGCACCACCAAUUGAUUCAGGCGGUAUUAAUGUCAAUUUUGUUUCAUAUCCAAAUCAACCGUUCAAUCCGCCUCAAACAAUGCCGUCUUCUUUCAAUAACCUUUCACUAUUUGAAGGGAACUACAGUGGAAUCAGCCAACAACGUGUUUCAUUCACUAACAUGUUGAACA